GGGAGAGAGCUUAUCCAGUACACUUUUAUAAAUAGCUAAACAGGCCAGAGAAUCAGAGAGAAGAGAAUAGACAGAGAAAGCCAUUAGCCAAGAGCGCGUCAACACCUCGGUCAAUGGCAACCAGGAGGAGCUAUCUCACAAGGCCCAGUUACGUGUACCUAGCCGGGGAGAAAAGCAGCAGCAACAACGAGGAAAUCACUGACGACAUCGGCUUGGAAUUCGAUGAAUCCGAAGUUUGGAACUCCGGCCAAGUCCCGUCCCCUGAUCCUUUCAAGAAGCCAAUUCCCAGUUCACGGGCAUCCAAGAAACCGGUAUCGAAAAAGAUGGGCUCCGUGACUGCAACAUCAUUGCCUGUCAACAUACCGGACUGGUCCAAGAUCCUGAGGGAUGACUACAGGCUGAGUCAGAGGAAGGAGAGUGACGAAGAUGUGGAUGAUGAUGAGGAGGACGAUGAUCAUGACAGUAGGAUUCCUCCGCAUGAAUAUUUGGCCAGGACUAGAGUGGCUUCUUUCUCGGUUCAUGAAGGAAUUGGAAGGACUUUGAAGGGGAGGGACCUGAGUCGGGUGAGGAAUGCAAUUUGGAAGAAGGUCGGGUUUGAAGACUAACACCAUUUCUAUAUAUACAAAUUAAUAUUUUCAGAAAUUUUGAUCACCCAUAGUCCUCUCUUUGUUUUUUUUUCCUGGGGUUUGUUUUCUUUUCUUCCAAGUCCUCUGGGUUUUGGGCGUGUGUGAGUUAGAUCCAGUGGAUCACUCAUGCAUGUCAUCUAACUCUGUUGAGAUGGUAGACAAAUCUCAAUUAUCAUUUCAGAUGAACACCUUUUUUUUAGACGGGGGUGGGGGGUUCUUUCUUCUGUGAUUUGGCAUGGGAAUCGGAGGAAAAAGGAUUGCAGAGGAAAUGAAUCCGCAGGCGUUUGGCUCCAUUGAAACGAUGGUUGGUACGAAAGCUACAUAGUAGCUAGAACAAGCCUUUAAGUAAAAACCAUGUCCUAUCAAGUUACAGAUUGUUUUUAUUUUAUUUUAUUUUCAUGUUUGUCGUCACCUGUGAGUUGUAAAUUGUAAUAACUCUCUGGAACCGUUUAUGCUGCUUAAUUUAUAGUACAAGUCCGUGAAAAUAUUGUUUGUAAUAUUGCAGUGACAUGGAAAUGAAGUCAUUCUCGCCUUCUUUUGUAU